UAACAAUGUUAAAAUAACUUUAUUAGUUGUCAUUUAAUGUCUAUAUAGAUUGGAACUUGGUUUAUAAUAUGGGUUACUUUUUGUCGCAAAAAUAAACAAAGCAGAGUAUGAAAAUUUAUACGGGGUUUCAAUAUUUUGAGAGCAAGGGGGAUGGAAACAAAGCAAUCGACACUACAUGUUAAUGACAAUGAUAAUGACAUUGCUACCGAACUAUACAACCGUGACAUUGUUGGUAGUCGUAAAGGAAUGGGUGCCAUCGACACCUGCACAUACUACAUAUAUGUACAAAUAUGCAAUCAAAACAAUACCGUUUUUGGCGGAGCUAACGAAACUAUUCCAGAAAGCUCGUAUUGCAGGCUCAGUUACUAUGACAAUGAAAAGGUAUGAUGGUCGUACAAAACCUAUACCGAGAGAUGGAACACCGGCAGUCAACAAUCCUAGCUAUAAAUGUUUAUUAAGAGCACAACAUAAGAGUAAAAAAAUUUCUACAGUUGUGGAACAACGAGAUGUUGAAAAAUUUACUACUGCCUAUUCUAACUUAUUAAAGACUAGCGUUAAUGGACUGAAGCGCUUAAAAAAGCCCAAAAAGAAAGCGAUUGCAACUCAGUAACAUUUAAUGUAGCUGAAACAAUGUGUCAAGAGACUGAAAUAUAUUGUGCGCAAAUUGUGGCAAAUCUGUGUGUACUUUAUGUGAGUGUACCGUAUGAUGUACUAGCGUGAAGGACGAGGUCCAUUGAAUGUUGCUCUUCUCUCACAUGUGAGAUGUGAAGAGUUGGAGUCGUGCCUGUUGUUGCUAGUGAUUCUCAUGCAACACAACUUUAGUCAUUUGACCAUCUGUCUAAUUCACCUAAUAUGUAUACAUCAUUUUAAGUUACAAAUUUCAAAAUAAACCUUUUUCAAAUUAA